CCUCUUGGGUGGCCUGGGCGGUGUUCGCCCAGCUCGUGACCAUCCACUGCCAUGGCCGCGUCGGGGGCUGUUUUUAGGCGCCUGGGCGCCUUGUCCGGAGCCGGGGCCUUAGGCUUGGCCUCCUACGGGGCGCACGGUGCCCAGUUCCGGGAUGCCUACGGAAAGGAGCUCUUUGACAAGACCAACAAACACCACUUCUUACACAGCCUUGCCCUGUUAGCGGUGCCCCACUGCAGAAAACCCCUCUGGGCCGGGUUACUGCUCACCUCUGGAACCACAUUAUUCUGCACCAGCUUUUACUACCAGGCCCUGAGUGGAGACCCCAGCGUCCAGCCUUUGGCCCCAGUAGGAGGGAGCCUGCUCCUUUUGGGCUGGCUUGCCUUGGCUCUUUGAGCUCCCUUAUGCUUAAUUUCUGGGUUUUCUGGAUAAUUUUUUGAGAUUUGGACAAGGAGGGAAUUAAAAAAGAAAGGCAAA